GUGCCCCCAAAUGAGUCAAUCACGCCCUCUUGGCAUGUUUCCACCACCCUUUUCGUCAUUGGUUUUAUUUUGAAAAAUCCAAAGCGGAAGCCUCAUUAUACUGCCUACACUUGUACUUGCCCGGUGGGUGUGUGAGUAGUUCCCUAGUCUCCUCUUCUCUCCUCUCUUCUCCUCCUGUCUUAUCACUCUGCUCCGGGGACGUUGGAUGAGCUGUGCGGUCCUCCGUGUCUCCGUGUCUCCGUGGCGCAGGAAGGACAGGACAGGACAGGACAGGACAGACAGGACGGACAGGACGGACAGGACGGACAGGACGGACACCUGUCCAGAGAGGAAGGACAGACAUUUCCCACCAAGCAGCCUCUGGAGUCCGGCUCUCUACUUCUCUCUCUUCUGAUGCCAGCUGAACAGGCUGUUUUUAUUAAGCGCUCAUUAAUCUGGAAUAAUCUGGAGUUGUAUUGAUUUGACAUCGGAUACAAAUCGGGAUCAAAGAUGGGGAUUAAAGUGUAGUGCUGACAGGAAUGCCCCAGACUGUGUGCUCAGGCACAAUGUUCACCACUCCCAGUGGCUUCAGCCCCCAUCUGGCCUGUGCUGAGCCUGAGGAGGAGGAGGAGGCCCCGCAGGAGGGCCCGGGGCCCGGCGCCUGCCUGGCCGACGGGCCCCCGAUCACAUCCGCCUCCCUGGACACCCUGAUCCAUAACCUGGUGCCCACUGCCGAUUACUACCCCGAGAAAGCCUAUGUGUUUACCUUCCUGCUGAGCGCUCGUCUGUUCAUCCCUCCUCCGGAGCUGCUGUCCAGGGUGUGUGAGCUGUGCAUCAAACAGCAGCAGCUGGACCAGAGCCCACUCGAUACGGCUAAAGUGCGCAAGUUCGGUCCCAAGAUCCUGCAGCUGCUGACGGAGUGGACGGAGACGUUCCCGACUGACUUCAGGGACGAGAAGAUGGUCGGACACCUUAAAGACAUCAUCCACAGGAUAGCUCCGUGUGACGAGGCCUACUGGAAAACCCUGAACCAGGUGUUGCAGAAGCUGAGCCAGCGGCUGGCCCUGAUGAGCCAGGGGGAAGAGAGCAUCCUCAAGGUCUCCCUCAACGCCUCCUCCAUCUCUGACAAGCUGGUGGCCUUCAAAACCAAGCCUCCGCCCAUCCAGAAGGACAUGCUCUCCAUCUGCAACGACCCGUACACACUGGCACAGCAGCUCACCCACGUGGAGCUGGAACAUCUGAGUCACAUCAAGCCAGAGGAGUUUGUCCAAGCCUUCGUUCAGAAAGACCCGCUAGACGGAACCCAGCCGUGCUUCGGCGACCAGAAGAAGAAAACCUCCAACCUGGAGGCUUAUGUCAGGUGGUUCAACAGACUGUGUUACCUGGUGGCCACUGAGAUCUGCAUGCCAGCGAAGAAGAAGCAGAGGGCCCAGGUGAUAGAGUUCUUCAUUGACGUUGCCAGGGAGUGUUUCAACAUCGGGAACUUCAACUCCCUCAUGGCCAUCAUCUCCGGUAUGAACAUGAGUCCCGUGUCGCGGCUGAAGAAGACUUGGGGCAAAGCCAAGACUGCCAAGUUCUUCAUUCUGGAGCAUCAGAUGGAUCCUACGGGGAACUUUUACAACUACAGGACGGCGCUGAGGGGGGCCGCACAUCGCUCUCGGACUGCCAACAGCAACAGAGAGAGGAUUGUGAUUCCCUUCUUCAGUCUGCUGAUCAAAGACAUCUACUUCCUGAAUGAAGGAUGCGCCAAUCGGCUGCCCAACGGCCAUGUCAACUUUGAGAAAUUUGUGGAGUUGGCUCGGCAGGUCGGUGAGUUCAUGACGUGGAAACAGGUGGAGUGUCCAUUCGAGCAGGACCGGGCCAUCCUACACUACCUCCACACUGCUCCCAUCUUCAGCGAGGACGGACUCUACCUCGCGUCCUACGAGAGUGAGAGUCCAGAGAACCAGGUCGAGAAGGACAGAUGGAAAGCACUCAGGUCUAACGUUCUGGGGAAGACAUGAGGCAGUGACAGCAGCUGACCCUCUGCCACCAGCGAGGGAUCGUGUGUUCUCGUUGCACUAAAAAUGAACUGUGAAGGAACCUAGCUGGUACUUAGGUGUUUUUCUAUGAAGAAAUUAUGAAGAAAAAAAAAGAAACACGGUGAACAGGAUUCAUCAAGAAGAGUGUUAAAAAAAAUAAAUUAAAAAGAACAAAAUUGGUAAAGUGAAGCUAUGAAACUGGAGCAAAAUGCCUUUGCAGCAUCUUAACUAUCAGUGAUGAGGUACAGUAUGUUGGAGAGGGAUACAACCUCUCCUUCACCCCUUCCCUUCAUCUGUGUUUACUCUGUGAAGACAUGUUUACUACUAUAGAGAGUACAGUUACAGGGAAAACCACUUUAUAAAAUUCCUACUGAUUGUUGUUUUUGUAUUUGCUCCUCUCUCCCUUUUUUCCUCUUUCUCCUCUUCCCCUUUGGUCCAAGGCCUUGUCUCGGUAUUUAAUUUGACUUUUACUUGUAAUGUACUGUAAUGAAACUUACAAUGAUGUGAAGGGCGCUGGCUAGCCCGUAUCAGCUGUCUAAUUUUAUAGGUCUACUGAAGGAAUAGUGUGUAACCAGGGAAGACAGAAGAGGACCAGUUCAUCUCACGUGUACUUUUUUUACGUGUGCGAGUGUGUUCAGAUGCAUUCAUGUCCGUUCAGUCUCGUUUUGCAUGAGAAUGACUGGAGAGAUCGCUCAUCUCUUAUUGUAUUUUAAUUUAUUGUAUCUUAUUUUGGGGUGGGGAAUAUGAACUGUUUACUACUUUUUAAGUGUAUUGUGCCAGUAAUGCGAGACAACUACAGUAUAGCUUAACAGUCACAAGGGGAGUUAGGAGCCAGGUGUAGAUUUGUGUACAGGUGACAUUUAUUUACCCCUCAUCUUUCUGCUCUUCAGGAAGUGUUUCUCUGACUGACGUUCAGUUGUUCUGAUAUAUUUAUGGAGAUUUUUCUGUGCUGACAGAUGUAUAGUUUUUAUUGUAACUUUUCCUUUACUGAAUAUGAAGUCCGAUGAUAGCAUGCUACGACAGGUGUUUUUUAAAGGGGCAUUAAGCGUAUCCACCUUGUAAAGAUUACUACACGCUUUGUAGUGAUGUUCUGUGGAAGGACGACGAUGAAUUGGAGACUUUUGUCCGUCUAAAAGAGGGAAACUUGUGCCAUAUGAAUCACUGGUUGUCAUGACAAUUCAGGUUCCUCUGACUUGAAGUGUGUUGUUUUGUGGGAUCGUCACUGAGCUUCGUUUUUUUGGCCGUUUCGUUGUGAUUCAAGAGCCAUUUUUUGUUUGAGGGUGGGUAGCGGGAGGCGAGGAGGGAAACGGGGAACUAUGUAAUUAUAAGCUUUUAAAAAAUAACAGUCUUAUUCAGUUUGCUAUAAUUGAUUGAUGUCAGUGUUUCCUCUUUAGAAGCACCUUUCCCUCUCAAUAACAGACUGACUUUAGUUCUCCCUCCUCAUUUUGUCAUCGAUAAACUUACUUUCCCUGUAACGCGUUCCCCCCCAGAUAAGUUAGAGAGCCAGAGAUGUGAAGUCAAACCUGCCGUUCAAGGUGAAGACGUGUUUUAAUAAAACAUUUGCCUGUGUUGAA